AUGGAAAAAUUGCUCUGCAGCAUCCUGGUGUUUGGAAUGGCUGUCACAGUCAAUGCUUGUCCCAAAUAUUGUGUCUGUCAGAACCUGUCUGAGUCACUGGGGACUUUGUGUCCCUCCAAGGGUCUCCUUUUUGUACCACUGGACAUAGAUCGAAGAACUGUUGAACUCCGUCUUGGGGGCAACUUUAUUAUUAAUAUCAGCAGACAAGAUUUUGCCAAUAUGUCUGGACUUGUUGACCUUACUUUGUCCAGAAACACCAUCAGUUACAUACAGCCCUAUUCAUUCACCGACUUGGAGAGCCUUCGGUCUUUACAUCUGGACAGCAACAGGCUACCUGACAUUGGAGAGGAUAUUUUGAGAGGCUUAAUUAACCUUCAGCAUUUGAUUUUGAACAACAACCAGCUAAGCAGCAUUUCUGAUGAAGCCUUUGAGGAUUUUUUGCUGACGUUAGAAGACUUAGACCUUUCCUACAAUAACCUCCGAAGCAUUCCCUGGGAAUCUAUAAGAAAGAUGAUAAACUUGCACCAGCUCAGUUUAGAUCACAACCUGAUAGAUUAUAUUACAGAGGGGACAUUUGCAGAUCUUCAGAAAUUGGCCAGAUUGGAUCUAACAUCCAACAGACUUCAGAAGCUCCCCCCUGAUCCUAUAUUUGCCAGAUCUCAAGUAAUUCCAUUAGCUGUUACCCCAUUUUCUCCACCUUUGUCUCUCAGCUUUGGGGGCAAUCCACUGCAUUGCAACUGUGAGCUACUGUGGUUAAGGCGACUUGACAGAGAUGACGAUAUGGAAACUUGUGCUUCUCCUCCAGGUCUAAAGGGAAGGUACUUCUGGUAUGUACGGGAGGAAGAAUUUGUUUGUGAGCCUCCUCUUAUUACACAACAUACUCACAAGUUGCUGGUUUUAGAAGGGCAAACUGCCACACUGAAAUGCAAAGCCAUUGGGGAUCCCACUCCCAUCAUUCAUUGGGUGGCCCCCGAUGAUCGUCUCAUUGGAAACUCUUCGAGGACAGCUGUCUAUGACAAUGGCACCUUAGAUAUACUCAUCACCACCUCCAAGGAUUAUGGAACUUUCACAUGCAUAGCAGCCAAUGCUGCUGGAGAGUCCACUGCAACAAUUGAGCUCUCAAUUGUUCAGCUCCCCCAUCUCAGCAAUGGCACAAGCCGAGCAGCUCCACCAAAAUCCAGGCUCUCGGACAUCACCAGCUCCACAAAGUCUAAUCGUGGGGAAACAAAAGGCCCACCAGAAAGGGCUGUCCUGGUGUCAGAUGUGACCACUACCUCAGCUUUGGUCAAGUGGACAGUGAGCAAGUCAGCCCCUCGGGUAAAAAUGUAUCAACUGCAGUAUAACUGCUCAGAUGAUGAAGUCCUGAUCUACAGGUAA